AUACAGGGAAUAAGUGUAUGUAGAAACAGCUAGUGGGUUGGGGGUUCCGGUGCUAAGAGCGAGCGGUGAAUGUGCGCAGAUCAGAGACAAGCGAGAGCCCAGGCUGAGCAGCAGUGUCGUCUUCUCCUACAGCGAGUCCUCCUCCUGCGCGGGGAGCUGUGAGGGAGAAGUCGCUAGUGGGCUGCUACCGCUGAGAGGCGGGGCGGUGCUUGUAACCACAGAGACCCACAACCAACGGCUUUCCGUACAAACACACACACACGACACCGGGGGAUCAGCUGACGGUAUAGAAGCUGCUGUCGGUAAGACACGGGGCUCUAGUGGGACGCAGUGUGUAGUAGUAUCGAUUUUCCCCAAGAUGGGGGAGGAACUAGAUCAGUUCAUUGAAGAACAACGGGCCAAACUUGUGCUGGAUAAAGCAGAACUGGAAAAGGAUCCACCUUAUAUGGAAAUAAGGAGUAAAAGGUCUGAGGCUUCUGAGAAACCACAAAUCACAGUUGCUAAGGAAAAUAUCCCUCCAAACAGACAAGUCCAGAGAGAAGGUCUUCAGAGGAAGCAAUCAGGAGGCAAGUUAAAAAUUCAGGACAACGAAUUAAGUCUCCCUCUUGGAGAAGACUACGAGCGAAAGAAACUUAGACUAAAAGAAGAAUUGCGGCAGGAUUACAGGCGAUACCUCAAUCAGGGUAAUGGUCAGAGCAAACGAAAGAAGCAUUUGAGAACAACAGGGGAGGUUGAUCCUUAUACUCAGGGAAUGUCUCUUCCAAUUGGAGAAAGACUUUCUGCAAAGGAACGACUGCGAUUUGAGCGCAACAGAGAGUACAACCAGUUUCUCCAAACGAAGGAAGAAGAACAUGAGAGAUUCAGAUUAGCAGCAGCACAAGACCCUCGGAUCAAUAGAGGGGUUUCUGUAAACCCAGUUAAUCGAGACCCUCACCCUUCAGUACAGCUUUCCCACAGAGACCCAGAGCUUUCAAAAAAAGAUGCUUACGCAUCAAUGGAGGCUUAUGAACAGCUUCUUAACCAGAGAAGAUCUGAAGAGAAUAGACGUCACAGAGUAAAAGCUCAAGUUCAAACACAAGAGCAAUAUAACAGAAAAACAGAGGAGGAAUUGGCUGGGCAAGAUAGAAAGUUUGAAAGACAAGAAAGAGACUUUGAGAUGUUGGACAGACCUCGAUAUAUUGCUGCUGACGUUGAAUAUGAAAGAAGGCCUCUCAAAUUUAACCUGGGUCCUGCUCUUGAAGACUCUCAUGGUAGACACCAAUAUGAAAUAGAUACACAGGACCGAAGACCCAUUCCACAUAACUAUCCCACUGAAAGAUUGCUACCACGUCGUCGCGUUGAAGAUAGCUAUGACUACCAACCAGAGCAAGUGUCUUAUUAUCAUGUUCAAAAAAGCAACAACAGAUCUUAUAAAGAAAGGAGAGAACCAGAACCCCCGAUAGACUAUGAAGAUGACUUCAGAGAACCAAGAAGUCGAAGGCCAGUCACAUCCAUCACAAAGGCCAGAGUGAAACCUGAGAACACAGUCCAGAACACUGACCGCUCUAAAUCAGCAAAGCGUAAAGAGGAAAACUUUUCAACUGGACUGCUUUUGGGUGGCUCUGAUAAAGAUGAAGCCCAGCAGAGAAGAAAGGAACGUUACCGUCAGGAGUUAAUGGAGCAGAUGGCUGAGCAACAAAGAAACAAGAGAAGGGAAAAGGAACUUGAACUAACAGUAGCAGCAUCUGGAGCAAUAGAUCCUGAGAAACAGCUAAAUGAAGAGGAGCCAGACAGAUUACGGCAGUUCGGGGCAAUAAACCGGCAUCAGGAAUUGGCGGAUCGAAAUGUUCCUUACCGUCCCGGUGCUGUCCUUGAACAUGAAAAGACAGGAAGGAGAAGUGAUCCAAAGCCUGCACUAGAAGAGAGAAUUCCUCCUGAAAGACCCAGAGUAGCUUUUCAAACCCCUGUUCCAGAAAUAGCCGACAACAGAAGUAACUUUUCUGGAGUUCCAGUCCUCCCAAAUGAAGAUUAUCACAGGGGACUUGCUAGCACAUUUGGUGAUAUAGUUGCUCCCAGAAUUGCUGCUGUUCCUCCUCCUCAAGCACCUGUACUGACUGAAAACUACAGAACACCUUAUGAUGAUGCCUAUUACUUUUAUGGGGCCAGGAAUCCUUUAGAUCCGAGCAUUGCUUACUAUCCUCCAGGUGUUAUGGGUCUCCAGCCUGUGCAAGGAGUCAACAUGCCUGUGACGCAAAUCCUACAAAAUCAACCGGAAGAACAGUUUUAUGUUAAUAAACAGGGUGCAGCUGGUGGAAGGGGUUUAGGAUUUCUGCCUGAAGAAAAACCAAGACAGUCCAAAGCAGCAGCUUUGUCCUAUCAAGAAGAGCUGGAACGACAGAUCCAGGAAAAGAAUGAAAAGCGCAGGAAAGAGAGAGAAGAACAUGAAAGAUAUGAGGCUAAAAUGGAAGCAGAAAUUAAAAAUUACAAUCCCUGGGGUAAAGGAGGGGGAGGUGCCCCUCUCAAAGAUGCUAAAGGGAAUCUAAUAACUGACUUAAAAAGGAUGCACAAACAUAAUGAAGACGGGUACCAGAACCCAGAAGCAAAUGCCAUUGAAGACAAGAGAGCUGUUGUUGCAUUUGAUCAGAGCUUAGCUGACAAUACAGGCACUGCAAGCAAAAUAUCUGGUUUUUCCUUUGCCAAUAACAACCCUUUUGCAAGAGGCAAUGUGUUUUCUGAGCCUCCCUCGGAGCAGCAGGUGCAUCAGCAGGAAUCCUAUAAGAACUUCCUACGCCUGCAGAUAGAGGAAAAGAGACAAAAGGAGGAGGAAGAGCGAGAACGAUUAAGGCUGGAAGAAGAAAGAGAAGAAAGGAAGUUAGCUGAGCAGAGGGCUCGGAUUCAACGGGAAUAUGAAGAGGAACAAAAUAAGAAAAAGCUAAAGGAGGAAGAGAACCGCCAAAAGAAUGAAGAACUGAUUCGUCUAGCGGAAGACAGACGAAAAGAAGCAGAGAGAAAGCGUAAAGAGGAGGAAGAUAGAGAGGAAGCUGAACGGUGGCGUUAUGAACAACAAAGAGCAGCUAAAGGGACAGAGGAACACGACAGGCCAAUAAGACAGCCAUCUCCAUUGAUACCCACCCUGCAGAACAAAGACUCACAGGUCCAAAGGCCGCCAAGUACUGAUGGCUAUGUAUCAAGCCGAACCCAUAAACACGAUGAGCCCCAAUCAAGAAAUGUAUCUCCACCAGUUCCGGCUAGAAGAAACCAGUUGAGACUGUAUGCAGAUGAGAAGAAGAAUGUAAUAAGUGAGCUUUCAGAGUUGAAGAGGCAGCUUCGAAGCGAGCAGAGGCGUCUAGAGGGUCAGUUGCAUGAUGCUGAUAGAGAUGAUAUUUCAUCUGCCCCUAUGACUGGGAGGCGGAGAGAAAAACCAUCCGUGGAUGCCUUUGACCUUGCCAGGCAGAGAGUACAAGCUAAUGUGAGAAGACCCUCAUUAAAGGGAACUGAUGUCAUCAAUAUGCAGAAUAUCCGAGAAUUCAAUGACUUAAAGUACAGGGAUACAGAAACCCGAGAGGGCGUGCGUCACAUGUAUCCAGAUCCCCCAAAAGAUGACCAGACCUUAGAGAUUCAACAACAAGCCUUGCUUAGAGAACAACAAAGGAACCUGAACCGGAUGAAGAGGAGAACACUGAUGCCAGAUAUUGAAACUGCUCCUGCUUAUAGUCUGCGCCACAAUGAGACGUUUAGGGAUCCUGCUCACGACCUCAUGAAAACCUCCCUUUUGGAAUCUGAGAGUGCCUUUAUAGGAGAAUAUGGAGAACCCUUUGCUUUUUUUAUGGAUCCGUCUGCAGAUUCCCGGCAAGUCCCAUCAGCAAGAGAAAGGAGGAGGCAUAAGAACAAACCACUGGAUUUAGAAAAUGAUGUUCCUGUGGUUCCCCCCAUUCCUUUGCAUCAGCCAGAUCGACUCUCCCUGCACUCAGGCUCCAGUGUAAAUGUGGAUGAGCUGAGGGCCCGGAAUGAGGAGCGACUGAGAAAACUGAGUAACCUCCGGAAUAACUCACUGAGUAGAGACAAUGAACCCGACGCCUUAGGAGAAGACGAGGACAUUCUGAGAUUUUUCUCUGCAAAGUCAAGUAACAGACCCCAUUCUGUGGACACAGUGGCCACCGACCCCUGGCUGCGCCCCGGAACAUCAGAGACACUGAAAAGGUUUAUGGCCGGCCAGGACAAAGCUUUACACGACAGCGCCUUUAACUUGCAGGGUCUCUCCACCGCUCACGGGUAACCGGCAGCACAGACAAUGUCGGCCACUGACGCACUUUCCGCGCUUCCCUGAUUCAAGAGCGUUUAUAAUAGAAAGAAGAGAGUAUUUUCCCUGCACAGAGAUGUAUUUUUUGAAAGUUUUUCGUAGAAAAAUAAAUUAUAAACUACUGAAUGGAGCUUGUUUUGGUUUUACAGAGAUCUAUGUAUUGUGCUAAGCCAUAUGUAUUGAUUAUUGAUGUACUAUUGAUGUAAUGUAUCACAGCUGUACGAGGCUCCUCCUCUCUCCGCUUUGCCAUAUACAAUACACUCCAGGGGCAGAGCAUUAUGGGAAAUCCAUGUCAAGUCCAUAGUGUUGCCCAAAGACAACAUUAGCGCAGGGACACACAAAGCUACUGGGGGGAGAUUAGUCGCUCAGCCACAAAUUGCUUCUUCGGGGCGACUAAUCUCCCCAAACUGCCCUCCGACAACUAGAAUAUUAAUCACUGUCGGGAUGCCACUCGGAGCGCUUCAUUUUCCGAUGUCAUCUGAAGUUUCCUUUUGAGACAAAUUCGGGAAACAAAGCACUCCGAGUGCCAUCCCACCAGCGAUUUAUUUACAUUCUAGCUGUCAGGAAGGCAGUUUGGGGAGAUAAGUCGCCUGAAGAAGAAGCGAUUUGUUGCCAGGCAACUAAAUCUCCCCGAAUCUUAGCGUGUGCCUUGACCGUUAAUGAGGAAAUGUUCCUAUACAGCAAUGCCUUAUUGUGUUCCUAAUAAGCAAACAACGGGUUUUUUAUCAUUUGGAUUUAUAUUCCCGAAAAUGUAUUGAUCUUUAUAAUGAGGACGUAACUCCUGUUCUACAUCCUCAGAUCUGGUUUUGGACAAUAGGGCUAAUGUAUCAACGCUGGGCAAAUUUGCCCUAUGGCAGUAACCCAUCGCAAGUCAUCAGUGCUUUGCUUUUUACAGGCAGCUGCAGGUAGAGCAGUGAAUGCAACAAUUUGAUUGGUUGCCACAGGUAACUGACCACAGGUAAAUUUGCCCAGUGUUGAUUAAUGACCCCAAAUGUUCCUGAACAAAGUCACAUGAAAUUUAACUCAGUUUCCCUAGUUGUACUUACACCUCCCUUACACCUUACACCAUACAUCACAUCCCUACUCAAAAGCAGGCAAGUUGCUCAGGCAAUUUUUUUUCAUUAUUUUAUGCUGGGCCCACACUGACCACUCUAAACUCAAAACCUUAUUGGUUGAUGACUCCUGUGGAGGAAUUGGCCUGUGUGUGACUUUUAUUCCAGGGUCUUCUAGUAUGGAACCCAAUCACCAAUGUCUGAAAUCUUAUAAAGAGUGGGAAUGUGUGGGGUUCCAUAGAAGCCUGACUCCUCCUAGUGGUGCAGCCCCUGUCACUAGCGAAAUGGUCUGACCGUUUUUUUUUUUAUUUGUGUGUUUUACUGUGUUUGUUUAAUUUUGUUGUGUUAAUUUUAUUUAAAAAAAUGACAUUAUUUAAUAGCAAAUAUUCCCUGAGCUUAAUAAAAUGUAUAUUUUGUACCAUGAA